AGAAAACACCGUGGGAUUUUUGAAAGACGACUGGCUUACGUUGUUUGGUACUUUGUGAAACUUGAAACACAGCUACAGAGGACCAGCGCGCCUGGGUUCUAUCCCUUUGAUACAAACCAUCAAGAUACGCAGACGACACGAGAAAAAAAAAAAAAAGAAGAUGCUCGGCCGAGUCCUUCUCACCAUCGAUUGUAUCGGCCUCCUUUUUGGCGCAAUCAUAGCCGACUGGAACGAGACUCAUGUCUACAACCCCAGAUGGCCUCCGCACGCAAAAUUCCAUAAUGCGCAGACCAUCACCCUCUCGGUGAUCCUAGGACUCGCCACGCUCUUCCUCACCUGGCGGCCGUACCUGCAAGACACGUCUGGUCCCAAACGGCUGAGUCCCGAACUGGCCCGGGACUCGCUGCGCAUGGCAGCAUUCACGGGGUCCAUCUACUGGAUCGCCGGGCUGGUGGCCGCCUUCUUCCCCGGGACCAGCGGGCUCGAUCCCGAGUUUGGAGGACCUGGGUUUCCCCAGAAAUGGCUAUUCAUGGGUUUCGGCGCUUGUGGUCUAUUGGGAGGUGCAGUUCUGUCGUGAUUGAGCCGCCCAGAGUGUUUGCAGUUGCGCCUGGUUUAUAAAAACAUUGGGGACUUGAUUACCUACAAUGGGUCAAAAGAGACAAAUGCUACCCGCUAGUCCAACAUCGACGUAGCCACUUUGUUUUUGUUUCUUCUCUACUAUACCGUCGUGCGAGUCACCUGAGUUGCAAUGCUUAUUUCCGGCUAAAAAAAAAAAAAAACAUGUUCCCGGAAUUGGUUCGGGUUUUGAAUUUCUCAUUCCAUUUCUGUACUAAAGUUAGUGUACAGUAGCAUGAG